AUGCCGGCAAACGAGGACAACGGCGUAUCCGCGCACAGUGAGUUGGGUGAAGCGGCAACCCUGCCGAUGAAGAAACUGGACUUGUGGAGACAGUGGAUAGCGCAACAACAUCGGCAACUGCACACAUACAGCGCGGAGGAGUGGUUUAAGCAUUUGUUGAAUAAUGUAGAGGAGGAGACAGAAUCGAAAAACGGCGAAGUACGUGGAGUCGAAAAAGACUUAGAAGUGGAAAAAGUAAUGGCUGCAGAAGAUGUUCUAAGAGUGAGAGAUUUACCGCAGUCGCAACUGCAUCAGCAACCUUACAUGAAAACACGGUUAACCGCUAAAAUAUGGAUACUCAUCCUGGCAUUAGUCAUACAACAGUGCGAGCUCGAGAGUAGCAUGCAGGAUAGGGAGCUAUAUUUGGAUGCCCUAUUGCAAACGUGUUAA